AUGUAUAGUGAAUAAAAUAAGAGAGUUAUUAAAUUAGAUGAGGAUGAAGAAAAUACACCAGAAAAUCUUAUUACAAUUUACGAGAAGAUGAAUCUAGAAACAGCAGGUAAAAUUUGGGAAUGUGUACAUUCAUUUUCAUUAAUUUAUAGUCUUUAAUUUUGGGGAGGUAUCUAAUCAAAUAAGCAUACUUCAAUAAGAUUGAAUUAGCUAAUAAAAAUGUACUAGAAUUGGGUUGUGGAACUGGAAUCUUGAGUAUCAUUCUAGGAAAGCAAGGUUGUAAUGUUUUAGCUACAGAUUUACCUUAGAUUGAAACAUUAUGUGAAUAGAACAUAUCAAAGAAUAACAUGGCUAAUUAAGUGAAAUUUAAAAUACUUGAUUGGAAUCAAAGUAAGCAUAAAACUGAUUGUUUGAUUGAUAAAAAACAUAUUGAUAUUAUAGUUGCUAGUGAUCCAAUUUAUAAUUAGAAAACCUUUGAAUCAUUCUUUGCUUAAUUAAAAAUAUUAUAUGAAGUGUUAACCAAUAAACCUAUAUUAUAUUUAGCUCAUAAAUAUAGACAUGAUGAAUUUGAUAAAAAUUUGGAAGAUUAAAUUGAAUAAACUGAAUUAUGGUUUAAAAAGGUUGAUUCAGAACAUUUAGAUGAUUUAUGGAAAUCAUAAUAAUGUGUAGUUUAUAAAAUAGGUAAAUUUUGA